GCCGCCGCGCCAGAGCCCCGAGGUUGAGCUGCCCCGCCGGCGCCUGCGAUGAGUAAACUGUCGUUCCGGGCGCGGGCGCUGGACGCCGCCAAGCCGCUGCCGGUCUUCCGCUGCGAGGACCUGCCCGACCUGCACGAGUACGCCUCCAUCAACCGCGCCGUGCCGCAGAUGCCCACCGGCAUGGAGAAGGAAGAGGAGUCGGAACACCAUCUUCAGCGGGCUAUUUCAGCACAGCAGGUGUAUGGCGAGAAGAGGGAUAAUAUGGUUAUACCAGUCCCGGAGGCAGAGAGUAACAUUGCUUACUAUGAAUCUAUAUAUCCUGGGGAAUUUAAGAUGCCAAAGCAGCUCAUUCACAUACAGCCUUUUAGUUUGGAUGCUGAGCAGCCUGAUUAUGAUUUGGAUUCUGAAGAUGAAGUAUUUGUGAAUAAACUAAAAAAGAAAAUGGACAUCUGCCCAUUACAGUUUGAAGAAAUGAUUGACCGUCUAGAAAAAGGCAGUGGUCAGCAGCCAGUCAGUCUGCAGGAAGCCAAACUACUGCUAAAAGAAGAUGAUGAACUAAUUAGAGAAGUUUAUGAAUACUGGAUUAAAAAGAGAAAAAACUGUCGAGGGCCAUCUCUUAUUCCAUCUGUAAAACAAGAGAAGCGAGAUGGUUCCAGCACAAAUGAUCCUUAUGUGGCUUUUAGAAGACGUACUGAAAAGAUGCAAACUCGAAAAAAUCGCAAAAAUGAUGAAGCCUCUUAUGAAAAAAUGCUUAAGCUGCGUCGAGAUCUAAGCCGGGCUGUUACUAUUCUAGAAAUGAUAAAAAGAAGAGAAAAGAGUAAAAGAGAGCUAUUGCACUUAACACUGGAAAUUAUGGAAAAAAGAUAUAAUUUGGGUGACUACAAUGGAGAGAUCCUAUCUGAGGUCAUGGCACAGAGACAACCUAUGAAACCUACUUAUGCCAUCCCCAUCAUCCCUAUUACUAAUAGCAGUCAAUUUAAACAUCAGGAAUCAAUGGAUGUGAAGGAAUUCAAAGUUAAUAAGCAAGAUAAAGCUGAUCUUAUCCGACCGAAACGUAAAUAUGAAAAGAAGCCCAAAGUCUUACCAUCGUCUGCUGCUGCUGCUACUCAACAGACGAGUCCUGCCGCACUGCCAGUCUUUAAUGCUAAAGACUUAAAUCAGUAUGACUUUCCCAGCUCAGAUGAAGAACCACUUUCCCAGGUUUUAUCUGGCUCUUCAGAAGCUGAGGAAGAGAAUGAUCCCGAUGGUCCAUUUGCUUUUCGUAGGAAAGCAGGCUGUCAGUACUAUGCUCCUCACUUAGACCAAACUGGCAAUUGGCCUUGGACUAGUCCUAAAGAUGGAGGAUUAGGAGAUGUUCGAUAUAGAUACUGCUUAACUACCCUCACCGUACCCCAAAGCUGUAUUGGAUUUGCACGAAGACGGGUUGGGCGUGGUGGAAGGGUCUUACUGGACAGAGCUCACUCGGACUAUGACAGUAUGUUUCGCCAUCUGGAUUUGGAAACGCUUUCUUUACCGCAACAUUCUCCAGUCAAUCAGUUUGCCAAUACCUCAGAAACAAAUACCUCGGACAAAUCUUUCCUCUAAAGCUUGACAUUUACAGCCGAACAAUACCAGCAACAUCAACAGCAACUGGCACUAAUGCAGAAACAGCAGCUUGCACAAAUUCAGCAACAGCAAGCAAAUAGUAAUUCCUCCACCAACACUUCACAGGGUUUUGUUUCCAAGACUUUGGAUUCUGCUAGUGCUCAAUUUGCUGCUUCUGCUUUGGUGACAUCAGAACAACUGAUGGGAUUCAAGAUGAAGGAUGAUGUGGUGCUUGGAAUUGGGGUGAAUGGCGUCCUUCCGGCCUCAGGAGUAUACAAGGGCUUACACCUCAGUAGUACUACACCAACAGCACUUGUGCAUACAAGUUCGUCAACGGCAGGUUCAACUUUGUUACAACCUUCUAACAUGACACAGACUUCAACUUCCCACAGUGCUCUGAGUCAUCAAGUAACUGCUGCCAGUUCUGCAACAACUCAGGUUCUGAUUGGGAACAACAUUCGAUUAACUGUACCUUCAUCAGUUGCCACUGUAAACUCUAUUGCCCCCAUAAAUGCACGACAUAUACCUAGGACUUUAAGUGCUGUUCCAUCGUCUGCCUUAAAGCUGGCUGCCGCAGCAAACUGUCAAGUUUCUAAGGUUCCAUCUUCAUCCUCUGUAGAUUCAGUUCCAAGGGAAAAUCAUGAGUCAGAAAAGCCAGCACUCAACAACAUAGCAGACAAUACAGUAGCGAUGGAGGUGACGUAGCUUCCUCAGGAGUGGAUCUGCAGCCUGGGGACUUGAUUAGGUGCUAUGCAUCAGUAGCAUUUUGAAUGCAAGGGAUGAUGGAAUGCAACACAUGCGUUUCUGUGGCAGCUGUGGGGACUUAACAGCAAUGCUCAUCUCAUGCUUCAAUUUUUCUUUUCUUACUGUUAAUAGGAAAAAAUCAACAUCUGUAAAUUAAGAAUACAGCAAUUAUCUGUACAGUACUGCAUAUUUGUAAUACCCUUGUAUAUAUGUUACUUGAAUACAGAAAUGUUCAUUUGUGAUGCUUUGCACUUGGGGGUGGGGGGUGGGAGGGAAAUAAAUUGCAACAAAGAGUGUGAGAUGUGAGAUUGUAUAGAGAUGAAGUGUCAUCACAUCAUGUGCAUGGUGCGGAACCUGCUGUUUUAUCUAUUUAUUGUGCCGUGUUUACAGUUUUUUGUACACUGUACCUUCAUUGGUUCCUGUGCUGUAGUAAAUGUGUUAGGUAGCUGUGGACUCCUUGGUAUUUUGUAAAUGGUAUAACAUAACUUGGUUCCCCUCUGGGUCCCUGAGUUUUCUGUGUAUCAUGUGAAAAAAAAUGGUGACAUACAUACAGAAUUUUACAAAAAAAAAGGCAUCAGUUUUUUUUUAAUGGGGAAUGUACUGUUAAUGGGGAUCUUCCUGGUCUACUACUAUCAUUAGGACAAAGUAACAAGCUAAAAAUGAAGUCUCUUGAAUCUUCCCAUCCCCACUUUCCCGCAGAACUGUGGGUCGUUUCUGGUACUUAAAGCACUAAUGUUAUGUUGCUGCUCUACAAACAGCCCGUGGUCCCAUUUCCUUCCACACCAAAAAGUGUUCAAUCAAGUAUGCAAAUGGAGUCCUUACAACUGGAGUUUAUGUUGUCUCGCCCUUUUUUUAGCACAAAAGAAUUGUACUUUUUUAUUGUCGAAUUGUUUAAAAGACUUCAUUCUUUACUUGUUCUUACAAAAAGGAUAUAAGGGAGAAGAAUGCAGUAAUUGCUGUACGUGUAUCAUCAUUCCAGUUUCUAAAAACAGCCAACCAGCUUUUUUCCUUUUAAGAUUCUCCAGAAGGCUGCAAGGCCAGAACCACAAAUAUCGGGUGCCUUCCUUUGGAAAUAUUUGACUUCUCUUCUGUGAAGAGAAUGGUACUUAACAGACUACUACUAGUGCUUUGUCAGUACCGAAGUCUGAAUGCCCAGUCCAAUGGCAUACAUUAUCCUUAAGGUUUUUAAUCCCACCUGGAAAAAAUUGUGAUAGAAUUCUCACAAAAUAAACCCAGGGCAUUACAUGUUGACAAA